GGGUGGAUGUUCGCUCCUUGUAGGGCUUUAGGUCUUUUGUGAUGCCUACUAGGUAUAUGGUGAUUAAGUGAGAACUUCCGAUACCUUUUGUUAAACGAUUUUCAUAAUAUUGGAGUAAAAAAAAAACAAAGUGCUUCCCGGUCAGAAGUAGAAAUAUCACAGCAAAAAAGUGGAAUUUCCAAGUCUCGUUGCGUUUCGCUGGCAGUCGUUCGUUCUUUUAAGCCGUAGUUUGCAAGAGUCGUGUUCCGUUGUGAAGUGUUAACGGGUGUCGAGGCCCAGGUCACAGCACCUCCGAGGGCGUUCGCAAGAGUCCUCCGCUCUGUCACCGCAGGCCGAGUCGGGAGAGACGUUGCUUUUUCCGAUUCGCGAUGGAUACACAGGCCUAGAAGACCAAGUAUGGGACUCUCCCUCCAAGCUCACCUCGAGGAUGAGGUCCACCUUGUGAUCGUGGACAGAGAGGUGGUGUUUACGACCCAUUACCUUGAGGGGGACCGAUGUGCGGCCCCUCUAGUCAUGGUCCUGGGGCCCUAGGGUACCCGGAGUGGCCCACCUACCUGCCCGCCGCCCACACUCAGCGGCGUCGAAGUGGGCGCGAGAAGAGGCUGGUGUGUGUGUCGUGCUAUAAGAGUGAAUCUCUGGCGGGUGAAAUCCCGUACCUCCAGAGGGCCACCUGCACUCGAGGCGGAGUGGUUGGCCUCAACCAUGAAUGUGGUUGGACCAGCACCACCUCCUCCACUCCAGCAGGGCCGCCCGCUGCCUCCGCCCCCGCCCAAACCACGACCACCCUACGGAGACGGGCAUCAACAGCGACCACCAAGGUGUUCUCUCUGCACCUGUUCCUGACCACGGUCCUGCUCUUCAUCGCGAACCUCCAGCCGACAAGUGCAGGGUUGGUGCUCAGUGAACACAUCCUCCACUACGAGCCCGUGUUCUACGACAAAGAACACUUGAGAACUCAGCACCACAGGGCGAAGAGAGAUGCGGACCACGAGGUGCAUCUUCAGUUCACGGCUCAUAACAGCGUGACACUAAGACGUUGCGUGCAGACGUCCUUGAGCCCAAGAGUGUUGUUUCAAGGUGGCUUCAGCACCUGGCCACCUGACAGCCCUGAGCGGCGCCUGAGUCUUCUGCGCCGCGGCCUCGCACUGACGCUGUCUCCCGCAGGCGAGAUCCUGGCCAAGGACCUGGAGUGCUCCUUCAGCGAGGUGGCGGCGUCCGAGCAGGUGCACCAGGUGGCCAGCGCCUUCCACGAGCUCUUCCGGGAGGUGCAGAACGUGCGCAAGCGCAGCAAGACGUCGCUGCUGGACCGCGUGCUGGGCGCCAAGGCCACGCGCAUCUACGUGCGCGGCAAGAGCGACUCCGCGCUGCCGAAGGACUGA